UGUGUGAGUGUGUGUGUUUUCCUGAACUAAGAUUUGUGCUCUCGCCUCCUCAUCAGUGCGCGCACACAGAGGCAGGGCUGCAGGGGGAAGGCUCCACUCACAGAGCGCGCGCGGAGGACGACCUGAUCUGCUCUCCUCUCCUGUUUUGUGCUCGUUUUUCCCGUCGUUUUCGUCUGUUCGUGAAAGCAAAGGGAAGGAGAAGAGAAGGUGGCUCGGUGUGGCGCUCUGUACGCACGGGUAGGCACCUAAACCGUACGCGCGUAACUGAAAAGAGAGAGAGAAAGAGGAGAACAGAACCUCUGAAGAAGAAAGGGGAGCAUUUUCUCUUUCGAUCUGAAGCCUUCGCUUUCUGCAGCUGCUCUAGACUUUAGCUCGUUGCGUAAAGAAGGAGGGACCUGUAAACUUUCUUCAUUUAAAAAAAGCAUAUUAAUAAUAAAUCAAAAGCUCGGAUUGCGCUUUCCCCUCCACUUUUAAACAUUUUUUUCGCUGAUGUCAUCGCGCUGGCUUGUUGGCCGCUGUCGCGCCGGAGCUGCGGGGGAAGCGCGGUGAACGCCGGGAAAUCAGGUGCAAGGGAACCGCAGGGUGGCCGGUGAUCACUGGGUCGCAGCUGCCCCUCCUCCUCACCUUGGACCGCUUUUUACCCCAGCUCCUCCUCACCUUGGACCGCUUUUUACCCCAGCUCCUCCUCACCUUGGACCGCUUUUUACCCCAGCUCCUCCUCACCUUGGACCGCUUUUUACCCCAGCUCCUCCUCACCUUGGAUUGCUUUCCUGCCCUCCGCCGGACUCUCCUGUCUCCCACCCGCGGCAAUGCUCGCGCCCGUCGUCCUCCUUUCCUCCCUAGGGAAUACAGGCAGAAUACAGCAGCACCCUUAACUGGACCUCGGUCAGCCUUACAUGGGACAACACCUAGAGGACGCACAGUUCCAAAAACAGACUAAACAGAGAGCGAACGCACCGUACUUGGAUUAUACUUGGCUCGACAGAGGGUCAGGUUUUAUGCCUCCCCUUUACCCUCUGGGGAAACCUUAAAUAAGGACCUCUGACAGCCAGAUUAACAUGGGACAACACUUGGAGGACGCGUGGCUGUAAAGUCACAGCUCCAAGGAGACUGAACAGAGAACGACCACACCGCGUUUGGAGUAGGCUAAAAAGGUCAUUAUUUUGUCCACACAACUUCUGGCCGAUCCUCCAACCGACUGCAGCCAAACUUGGCUCUCUUUUUGGCCGGAGGUUGCGCGGAGCUGUUGGGUCUCUUCGGGGCUUGAACUCCGCUUCACCUGUUCCUCACUCCCUGGAGAGCACAGCUGUUAUGCCCUAAUACAAACCUCCCCUCUACCCCACCCCUUCUCUCCUAUUCCCACCUCUCCUCCUCUCCCUCGCGCUCCCGCUGCCCCGCCCCAACCCGUUUACCGAGCGCAGCCGCCGUCCCGUCCCUGCCGGUGGCACACACUGCACCGCGCACUCCUCGAUCCUUCAACUCACCAGCACACACGCACAGACACACACCUCCUCCUUCUACAGAGGAGGCUAUGCGCGCCGCCGGCCGCCGGCGGGAGCCUCCGCUGACCUCGUGACCUCGUGGCUGUCCCGUCCCGUUCAGCCGUCGGAUCGGCACGUGACCCGAAAGCUGGGGAAGCUGCGCUGAACCCUCCUUUUCCCAAAAAAGGCGCACGGAUCGACCGGGACGCAGAGGCACGGAGCGAUGUGGUCCUUUCUCUCCACGCUGGCUGUCUUGUUUAUCCAGAUGAUGCUGGUGAUGUGCAACCCUUUGCAGGUGUUCGGAGUUGACGGUGUGAACUUCAGCGUGCACGUGGAGAAUCAGACUCGUGCACGAGAUGCCAUGAGUCGAAGACAGCCCCGAGUUUACCAGCUCUACAGUCGCACCAGCUGCAAACAUGUCCAGGUGGUGGGCCGCAAGAUCAGCGCACGCGGAGAGGACGGGGACAAAUUCGCCCAGCUUGUAGUGGAGGCAGAUACCUUCGGCAGCCAGGUGCGAAUCAGGGGGAAAGAGACCAACUACUACCUGUGCAUGAACCACAGGGGCAAACUCGUAGGCAAGGCCAGUACUCGUAGUCCAGACUGCGUAUUUGUGGAGAUGGUGCUGGAGAACAACUACACAGCGUUAAUGUCAGCACGGUACACAGGAUGGUAUGUGGGCUUCACCAAAAAGGGGCGUCCUCGUCGUGGCCCCCACACGCUUCUUAACAUGCAGGACGUUCACUUCAUGAAGCGCCCCCCUCCAGGAGAGCAGUCAGACCACACGCCCUUCCGCUUCACCACUGUCAGCAAGAGGAGCAAAAGGGUCCGUGCUGCGCGGCCACGUUAACAUACACUAAAUCUCCACUGUCCCUCCAUGGGACACUGCUGACGCUCGAGUCAGGGCCUACUAACAAAAGACACUCCUAGACUACAGCCCUGCUAAUGGGACCACGCUAAUGCUAACUACAGGACCUGGUGUCGAUGGAAGGUUGGAAAGAAAAACUCCAUUUGACUGGCUAAUGGACAAUGCUAAAUAUGGAAUGCUUUCCUUUUUGAAGGGUCAGCUAUGUGUAACAUCCUGCAGUAAACAGGAUCUAAACUGGACCUGCUAGCAUACCAAAACAACUGCUACUCCCCACUAGAGCCUUGACAUGGCCUGAUGUUGACAAACAAAACCAAGCCAAAACCGACAAGAUCGGUGGAACUUAAUACAAUGACAAGCUCUAGCCAUUUUCUAUGGUCUAAGGAAGCAAAAACAGACAAUGAUAAACUAACAACCCUCAUUGCACCAUGGGGGGACACUGACGCAGCAGCCUCCUAACCCAGCUAUCACUUCCUUCCACUUCAUAAGAGGGACACUCUUUCCUACAGCAUAGGCUCCACUCAGGAUUCCCGGAGCAAGAUUCAUUUGGAACUGGACCUACAUGGCUGGGAGAGAAUAAUGGAUUUCCUGGAUUCCUGUAGAAGAUUAUGCGAAAAGAGUUCUGGACUGAGUCCUACUAAAGGACUCAAAAGUGAUGACGAGGAGAGACUAAAACUGAAAAGCCUCUGCCUGCAAGCUAGUAUGAAUUUAGCAGUGAGCAAGUGUGUGUGUGUGUGUGUGUGUGUGUGAGUGUGUGAGAGAGUGUUUCAAGUUGCACCAAAGACCACAUUGGAUGCUACCAAGGAUGACUCUGAGGAGGUACAUCUGCAUAGGUGAGCUUGAAAAAAAAAAUAUAUAAAGCCUACCUAUGGCUGGAAGAACCUACUAAAACUGGAAUGUAAUGUUAAAAAAAGAAGAAACACCCAGAAACCCCUUAGAAAGCUGCACCAAAAAUGACAACAACCAAAGACAACUGGAGACCAAUGAUGAACUUGACAGCCCCCACACUCUAGAGCCUCUGAAGCCACCAAGCCUAUCAGAGUAGAGCACUCAGCAGUGGGACAGGAAAGGCACAGAGUUGCAUUUGGAAUGACAAAAGGAGCAACGUUCACGUUUGGGUUCCAUUCGGAAUGCUGCUAGUGGAAAAUUCAGUACCAAAGUCACUUACAUUAUUAUUAAAAGGGAAAAAAAAACAUAACAAUAAAUAAAACUAUAUAUAUAUAUGAAAAGAGCAAAGCUAAAUAAGCGAUUAUAUUAUGACUGCUACUAUAAUUGUUGUUACUAUAAAGUUUAUUUCACUUAUUUA